CUCUCAUUCAUUCCUAAACGAUAACAAUCCAUUCUUUCCCAACAAUGGCUCUUUCCUCUUCCUUUCAAAUUCCCCUCCAUCUCUCUCCACUUUUCCCUUCUCCUCCCACCACCGCCAGAAAACCCUCUCUCCUCCGCUGCUCAAACUCCUCUUCUCCCGAAAACGACAGUCGCACCGAUCCUCCUCCUCCUCUUCUUCCUCCUUCAAAGAAAGUACUCUCCGACCAGUCGUCGUGGGAAGCGAAAGACUCCGAAGGGAAUGACUAUCUCUACAGACUCGGCAAAGAGGCCGAUAACAUGAACAUCGCCGUCGGUGCUAGGGCCGGCGUCAUCGACGACCUCUUUGCCGGAAAAUUUCUCGGCCGUGACUCGGAUAUUGUUUUUGAUUAUCGUCAGAAAGUGACUAGGUCGUUUGAAUACCUUCAAGGCGAUUACUAUAUUGCUCCUAUCUUCUUGGAUAAAGUUGUAACACAUAUUGUCAAGAACUACAUUUCUCAUCUUCUCGAUAUCAAGAUUCCUUUGAUCCUUGGUAUUUGGGGUGGAAAAGGGCAAGGGAAAUCAUUUCAGACUGAACUUGUAUUCCAAGCCAUGGGAAUUGAGCCUGUAAUUAUGUCUGCUGGAGAGCUGGAAUCUGAAAGAGCUGGAGAACCGGGAAGACUGAUUCGCGAACGCUAUAGAGCAGCUUCUCAAGUGGUCCAGAACCAAGGCAAGAUGAGCUGCUUGAUGAUCAACGAUAUUGAUGCUGGCCUCGGUAGAUUUGGAAACACUCAAAUGACAGUCAACAAUCAAAUUGUUGUUGGAACUCUAAUGAAUCUAGCAGAUAAUCCUACAAGAGUGAGUAUUGGACAAGAUUGGCGGGAAUCAGAUUUCACAAAUAGAAUUCCCAUCAUUUUCACAGGGAAUGAUUUUUCAACUAUAUAUGCACCCUUGAUUCGUGAUGGAAGGAUGGAAAAGUUCUACUGGUAUUGUGAUUAUUUUUUGAAGCGGCAGCCUAACCGUGAAGAUAUUGUGAACAUUGUUCACCGGAUGUACGAGAAAGAUGGAAUUCCUACGGAUGAUGUUGUAAGAAUUGUGGACGAAUUUCCUAAUCAAGCUUUGGACUUUUAUGGAGCUCUUAGGUCUCGAACAUAUGAUAGGUCAAUCUCUAAGUGGAUUGAUGAAAUUGGAGGCGUUCAAAAACUUGGGGACAAACUUCUCAGAAGAAAAAAGAAUGAAAAACUUCCUGUAUUCACUCCACCAAAGCAAACGGUGGAGGCCUUACUCGAAUCAGGGUAUUCUCUUCUCAAAGAACAGCAGCUGAUAAUGGAGACAAGACUCUCAAAGGAAUACAUGAAGAACAUGGAUGACUAGAAAGUAGACUUUGUUGAAUGUCUUCUGUUGUACUACUACUUGGUGGAUCCAAUAUUAUUGGCUUUCUGUGUUUGCAUAAAUGGAACUGUUAAUAAAAUUCAUUAUGUCGUCAUCUCUAUUAUCGACCAUCAGUACAGAUUUAUUGGUUUGUACAAAUGCAAGACCACAUCUUCAGCCCCAUCAGUAAUCAAAUUGAAUGUUGAAUUUUACCACAA